AUGGCCAAAAGUUUUAACGCAUUGGUUAUCGAGGUUGGUGGUUUUGAGAAACUUCCAUUUAUUGAAAAUGAUGCAAGAAAUUAUAUAGACAAGGCUCGCCACCUUAGACUUGGCAAAGGAGGUGCUAAUGCACUUCGUGGUUAUUUUGAGAGGAUGCAGUAUAAGAAUGAUGAGUUUUACUCAUCGAUGGAUUUGGAUGAUGAUGAUCGAUUAAAAAAUAUCUUUUGGGCCGAUGCACGCAGCAGAGCAGCAUAUGAUUAUUUUGGAGAUGUUAUAUGUGUUUAUGAUUCUCAGACUUCUGACGAGUUUGAGAAGUUUUGGGAGGUGUUUAUUAACACUUACAAUUUGAAGGAAAAUGCAUGGCUUCAAAGGACUACGUUGAAAGAAUUCGUUGAUCAAUUCGACAAUGCACUGAGGAAGAAAGUAGAGAAUGAGAUGGCAGCGGAUUUCCACUCAUUCAAUUGCACAGUCCCUUGUAUAACUCAUUUACCCGUGGAGAAAAAAUUCCAAGCAGUUUACACGAAUUCUAAAUUUAAAGAAGUGCAGUCAGAAGUAAUGGAGAUUAUCUACUCUCAUUGUGUUGUCAUAAAAACAGAAGGGGCAAUUACCACGUAUCAAGUUAAUGACCAAAGGGUAGUUGAAGACGGCAUCAAGAAGUCAACUUUGCAGGCGUACUUCAAUGAAGAUGAGUGUGAGGCAAAGUGCAUGUGUGGACUAUUUGAGAUGAGAGAGAUUAUAUGUAGGCACAUUCUCUCAAUUUUUGCUGCAAGGGAUGUUCAAGUGUUGCCAGAAAAAUACAUUAUGGAGAGGUGGUGGAAGGACAUUAAACGUAGAUAUGCUCUCAUUCGAAGCAGUUACGAUGACUUAAGUGGUAAACCAGCUGCUAGUCGGUAUUCUGGCUUGAUAAAAUUAUGUUUCCAAGUAGCUACAUAUGCAUGUGAAAGCGAAGAUAAUUCUCUGGACAUGACAUAG